AUGUCAGAAGAUUUAGCUAAGCAAACUGAGGAAAUUUCAUUGGAGAACAAGGAUACUGUUUUAUCUGAUAAGGAAGAAUUUACUGUCAAACAUCCUUUAAACAGUAGAUGGACAUUAUGGUAUACGAAACCGCAAGUCAAUAAGAAUGAAAACUGGCAUGAUCUUUUAAAACCUGUAAUUACAUUUUCUUCGGUCGAAGAAUUUUGGGGAAUUUAUAAUUCUAUCCCACCUGCCAAUCAAUUACCUUUAAAAUCCGAUUAUCAUUUGUUUAAAGAAGGUAUCAAGCCUGAAUGGGAAGAUGAGAAAAACUCCAAAGGUGGGAGAUGGCAAUAUUCUUUUUCAAAUAAGCGCGAAGUGGGCGCUGCUAUAAAUGACUUAUGGUUACGUGGAUUAUUAUCAGUCAUUGGCGAAACAAUUGAAGAUGACGAGGAAGAAGUUAAUGGUAUUGUUUUGAACAUUAGAAAGCAAGCAAUCAGAAUUGGAAUUUGGACCAAGGAUUGUGAUGAGGCGAAGUUAAGGACCGUGGGUGAAAGAUUAAAGAAAGUGUUGAGAUUAGCUGAUGAUCAAAAGGUGGACUUUAUGUCCCAUGAUGAUUCCAAUAAGAAGGGUUCUGAACCACAAAUUUUAUUGUAA